CGGAAACGGCAAACGACGGACACGUCGAAGUUUCUUUACAGGACCAACAUACUGUACGUAAAAUUAUAAAAUCUUCUGUGAGAAUCGCAUUUCCGACGACAUGCCUUCUAAAGAACAGUCUCUGAAGGAAAGACUGGAUGGAAAUGAGUUGGAUUUGAGUAUGAGCGGACUUCUCAAAGUCCCCGUCAAAGAAUUGGCUGCACUCCCAAAAGCGACCAGAUUAGAUUUAUCCUGUAAUCAGCUCACCUAUUUGCCUGAUGCAUUUGGUACAUUAACACACCUUGUGAAAAUAGAUUUAAGUAAGAAUGCUGUAUCUGAUCUACCACCCAGUAUAGGAGGUCUGGUUAAAUUACAGUAUCUGGAUCUUCUUGGAAAUCAGUUGCAAUCCCUUCCAGUUAGCUUUGCCAAUUUAAGGAGUUUAAAAUGGCUUGAUUUAAAGAGCAAUCCAUUGAGUAUAGAGCUACAGAAAGUUGCUGGAGAUUGCUUAGAUGACAGGCAAUGCAAAGAAUGUGCUAAACAGGUGACAAGUUAUAUGAGGGCAGUGCAAUCAGAACUUGAAAGACAAAAACAGAAACGAUUGAAUGAAGAAAAGGCAAGAGAAGCUGCAAAGGCAGCUGAACAAGAUAGACAGCGAGAAAUGAAAAAGAAACAGAAACAAGCAGAGAAGGAAAGAAAAAGAAGAGAAUAUGAAGCCAAACAAGCUGCCAAAAGACAAGAGCAAUUGUUAUUAGCUGAGCAGGAGAGGAUAGUCAAGGAAGAAAUUAAAAAGCAAAAUAGUUCACAACCUGUGAAAUCAAAGCCAGACUCUUCAGUGACGCCAUUGUCUGUGAUGUUCUUGUUUACUAUAGUGGUUGCUAUAGGAUCCAUCAUCUUUGGUGUUUGUUUCUACUGUCAGAACCAUGGUAACAACCCAGCUUGCCAAGAUAUUUUUCAUCGAAUUCAACAAGUUACAGGAACAAUUCGUAGUUUAUUCCAAUAACGUAAUUCAAGAUUGUCUGACCUCAGCUGUCCCCACCAGUCUUACAUUCUGUUCUUUCUAUGACAGCACUAUCACAGGGAUGGGGUGGCAACAAAUCAUGAAAAUAAAAAUCUGCAUGCCCUUAGGAGGGUGGAUGUCGCUCAGUGGAAAAAAAUUACAGCAAAUACAUCAGGGAAAAUAAAAAUUAGCAUGAACAAAUUUAUAUUUUGCAGUUUUUCUGGCAUCAUCCCAGAGUUUCUAAUGAUCCUUCCUUAAUUGUUGUACAUAUAUCGUAUGUUGACAAAUCUUUUUAGCUAAAGUGCCUUGAAUGGGGACCCUUUUUGGAGUCCGAUUGUUUAAAACGGUUUCAGCAUUCAUUAUCAAAAUAAAUCUAUUGCAGAAAAUAAUUUUUAGAAAACAUGCUGAGCGGUAAGCCUCAAAGACUGCUGAUAAUCCCUACUAAUUCCUUCUAUCAAAAUUUCGACACUGAACUUGGAAUUCAGUUUAGGUUUCACUGUAGAAUUAGUAAUGCCUAAAAGACCCUCACAAAAAUGGAAAAGGUUUUUUGUUAUUUUUUUUAAUUUCAAUAUAAAUAAAGAGAUACUAACUACAUUUUACAAAAUAUAAUAGCUUCUCUGAUGUUAAAUAUAUCCUAUUUUUACUGCUUAUAGGCAUACAUUGUUGCCACGACUGAUCCAGACAAUAUUUCUUGUGUAAUCUAAAUAUUUUUAUUCUAUAUACAAUUUACUGGACAAAGUUACU